CGGGUAUAAAGUCAUAUGACCAAAUUGAAGUCCUGUGAUGAACCAAAAACAUGCCUCACAAAGUUAUGGUUUAGGAUGAUUUGUCGCAAACAAUACAUUCGCAUCCACCUCAACUUCAUCGCCCUUCCUGAGAAGUAAUGACCAUUGAGGCACGAGUACCCCCGCUGUCUCUCGAUGACAGCUCUGGCCAGUCCAACAUGGACUACUAUACGCUAGACGUCCGUCUUCACCUCGUAGGUCUUGGGUUUGCUUUCUACACGGUAGUAUUUAUAAUCUGCCACCUCUUGUCAGUGGUGCUUUCUCGGACAUACCGUUCCCUUCUCACCAAGGAGAAGGUGUUCUGGAACCUGGCUGCUACGAGGGCGGUGUUUGGGAUCCAGAGUACGAUAGCGGGUCUCUGUGUUCUGACCAAGGACUCAGCGGUGUCCAGAGACCAAGUGAGUGGCAAAGAUGACUUUUCGUGGUUUAACGUGCUCACUGCCACGGGGUUCUUCUUUUUUGAGAAUAUGGCACUCCACGCCUCCAAUGUGGUUUUCCGAUCCUUCGACCUCCCCUUGGCGACGCAUCACUUCUUCGCCCUGUCUGGAUAUGUCAGCCUGCUGAUAUGGGACCCCUUGGGCCACUUCCUGCCCAUGAUUACACUCUUGCUUGAAGUGAGCACGCCGUUCACCUGCAUAUCCUGGAUGUUACUGAAGGCCGGCUGGGCGCGCAGCAUGUUCUGGAGGGCCAACCAGUGGGUGAUGAUCCACAUGUUCCACUGCCGCAUGGUGCUCACCUACUACAUGUGGUGGGUCAGCUGGAGCCACUGGACGGCCAUCAACGCCAUCUACCCCCUGGUCCCUCGCACCCUAUACUUCACGGGCCUGGCCCUCCUCACGGUGGUCCUGAACCCCAUCUGGACUCACAAGAAGACCAUGCAGCUGCUGAACCCCGUGGACUGGAACUUCAGCAACAAGCCCGCGCCCAACGGCUCGGCGGCGGGGGAGCCGUUUAGGCGCCCCUCUAAACCCCACACCAGCUGAUUGCCCGGGGUCUUGGCGGUGGGGUCGGACAUGGUGGUGGGGGUGCUUACAUCAUUGGGGGGAGGAAAACUAACCUUACAAGAUAAGUGUGUUAUUAGCAUUAAAAAUGGUAUCCUUGUGUGACCAAGAGGUGGUUAAAGUUAGCUUGGAACUCCAUAAUGUGCUUGUAUUAAAUUAAUCUUGAAGGGCCUGGGAAUGAAGAUACUUGUUCCUUGAAAUGGAUUUAGUUAAAUUACAUUUUAUUUCAGGGUGUCACUUACCAUCAUGCUAUGGUCGAUGAAAUCAUGCUGUUCACACACGUCGACGAAGAAGUUGUUUGAUCAGCCUUUAUUUUUACACCACUUCAUCAUUUCCUCAUCCGUUUUCUUGAUCAUUUUGUUGACCCUGCUCAACCCUACUUCCUGGAGGCAGUGAAACUAAAUGGUCUGAGAUUUUUUACUUUUCCUGGCCUUUACUUGCAUUGAAAUAUGCAGCUUGCUACAGAAUGUUUGUUACUUUUUAGAAUGCUUUUUUUAUUUAUUUUUUAUUUUUUUUGCCUUAGCUUCUCUGAAAGAGACUACCCUUUCGUGUUGAAACCUACAUAUCUUCAUAUUGUAGAAUAUAAUAAUUGUGUUUAACUUUUAAACACAAACAGGUUGGUCCAGUAAGGGAACCUAAGUGGACUUGGAGUAACAAGCAAAAGAUAACAUUCAGGACUACCAUGAUAUCUAAGGACAAGCAACAAACAACACUUUCUGGAGAUAGUAUGACAAAGCCUUGGCAGACAGCUGGCAGUUCACGUGAACAGUUAUUAUUGAACCAUUUUAGAUGCGUUCAGUCUUAUUAAUGCUAGGUUAAACAUAAUUAGAUCAGUUCAGACAUGGGGUCUGUUGCCGGUGACCGUUUCAGUUGAAGGUUGUAUUAUUAUACUGACAUGGGAUCCUCCCCUACUCAUUGAAGGAACCUCAAGGAUCCUUGGACUAAUACACACAGCAGGUUCUGGAGAAAUAUAGACAUUGAAUAUCCAACUACUUAAGCGUUUAACUGAAACUUUUUGGAAUUUGUGCGAUUGGUAUUAUAUUUGGUAUCUUGGAAAUACAGCAAUAAGUAUCCCCUUUUGAGUGAUGGAAAUAUUUUAUAUUGGUGAAUGGUUUUGCACGGCAUGAUAAGUGUAGUCCUCCUGCUACACUUUUUAAUAGGCUUUCUAUUCUGACUGUUAAUGCUUCUGGACUACAGCUUUUUUAAUUCCUUUUCGCGUUGCUGAAGUGUGUAUGAUUAGAUACUUUUUUAUUUUAAAAAGAAAUUAUCUUACAAUGUCAUGCCGAGAAAUCGGACAUUAAGCUGCACUCAAUGUCCGAUGUAUUCGAUCUGCUAAUGGUCAAAAAAAGUUAUAUUAUUGGUUUUCAAAUGAUUGUUCAAAAGUGUUCUCCGUCACAUGUAUAGUAGCUGACUUGCAAAAUGUGGCUGCGUUGAAUAAACACUUCAACUGCGACAUAAAACCUAUACGUUUUUCC